GCCAAUUUGAAGCUCAAGGUCAUUGGUAUGGAUAACCUUGACAAGUUGCUUACUUCUAUUAUUGCGAACGAAGAAUUAGAGAGAAAGCUCUCAAAAUCUGACAUUAAUGAACAAUUCAUAACUUGUUUGGUGGAUAAAUGCAAAUCAUUGGAUCCAAAAUCGGUUUCUUUUCAAAAUGACGUCAAAUUCUCCGCUUUCAUAUCUGGUUUCGUUGGAUGUUUGAAGGCGUGCUACGCCUACUUUUCAGAUCACAUAGCUGAGUUGGCUGACGGAUAUGGAGCAUGUGAAGAGCUCGAUCUUAUGCCUAAUAAUGGAAAUCCAUCUAGUUUUAUGAGCUCUUUGUUUGCUACACAAUGCUGGUUUUUUGUGGUCAUAAAACACAACUUCUCCAAAGCUGAAUUACUGACGUCAAGUCUUCUUGGACUUGCUUGCAGAGAGCUUAUGUGUCUUGCUCAGGUGGCCGACAAUCUAGGCGAAUCAUUCAGUCUUCCUGUGUGGAAAUUCAGUUCUAGUAUUAUGAAACAGUUCAAAUGUGAGAUUCGCAACCAUGCACGAGAAACCUCUAAAAAUGAAAAAAGGUCGUUUGAAAAUGAUCCUGAAAGUUUUUUUGGAAGUAUAUUGAAUUCUGUUGUCCACUCGUUGCGCUUUUACUAUAAUAAAUGCAGUAUUUCAUACCUGGGAGGAGUGAAGUCACAUGAAAUGAACGUGGAGAAUACCGAAAAUAAUGUACAGAUGUUAAGUCUUCUUAGUCGGAUAUUCACUUUCUGUAUUCGGGAAUUUACAAAAGAGAUUCUAACUCCCGACAUUAAUUCACAAGCAGUAGUUACUUUUAUGGAUUGGCUCUCAUGGACAAUCAAUGUAUCCUAUGCCGGUGGAUUAUAUCCAUUAGGUUCGAAAUUUCCUGUCAGAAUUGGAGAAGAAAUAAAUAAUCCAUUUUUCCUUUCUAUUGAUAUUAUUCUAUCUCACAUGAUAACUUUACAUCCACCAUAUGAAAGUCAAGAAGAUUGUUCUAUUUUUGUCCAAGCCAUAUCUCAUUCAGAUUUUGAUGCACCAGUGAUUUGCCGAAUUUAUGGUAAAAUUUUAAGCAAUAUUUCUCGACAUCCUAGUUUUUAUUCUCGUUGGAUGAACGAUACUUUCAAUAUUUAUAAAGAAUUAUUUGAGGCAUGUGGAAAAAUCGAUUUAUCUGAUAAAAAUGAUGAGACUACUGAUGAGAAAUAUCCAUGUUCUGGAGAGUUUUACACAACUCUUUUACAACAGAUUUGUGCUUCAGUUUGUGGUUUAUCUAUGGUUUGUUUUCCUUAUCUGGAGACAGUUCUGCUUUCGUCAGUGCUAUCUGAACAUCCUCUGGUUCACUUGUUAGCAAUGGAUGUAUGGUGCUUCGUUGCCCGGUACGGAACAGGCGAUCUCUGUUUGCAUUAUGUCACACUGUUGACGAACGUUGUAAAUAAAGUUGCAAGGAAAUUACAAAUGAAGAAUUGCAUGAAUGAAUCCCAAUCACUUAGUUUGUCGCAUACUGUAUCUCGCCUUAGUCAUCUACUUUCAAGGUUGAUUGUUUUUCUUACACCUAAACAACAAAAAGUUUAUCUUCAUCAAAAUUCAAUUCAAUUUAUCCAUAUGAAUUCAAACAUAGAUUUGAUUAGUUCAACAUCUGGUUCAUUAAUUUGGUAUUACGUUCCUAUUCCAAUAAGUCGUUUACAAAAGGUAUCAACUAAUAUCAUUGAACAACAAGUAAAUGAACGACUUCUAAAUUUAGACAAGUUAUUUGAUUUAACUAGUAUGACAGUCAAUUCAUCUCAGAUUCCUUAUUUAUUAAUAGAAGUAUGUCUUGCUCUGCGUUUAUUUAAUUGUUUAUCUGAGCGACAUAAAAAUUCUUGCAUACGAAUCAUUGUGAAAUGUAUCCACUUUCUGCUUCAAUAUCAUCUGACCGAUGCAGCAAUAGAGAAUUGUUCACAUCCACACUCUUCUACGUUUUUAAAAUCCUGGACAUUACAACCGAUUUCAGCUUUGUUAGUUUGUUUAUCUAUUUGGUUUCCGAAAUUAUGCACUAUUUCUCUCAAUGAUCCAAAUCUUCGACCGGAUACGGAGAUAUUAAAAGAUCUUGUGAAAUUAUCAUUUUAUUCGGAUUCAACCUCUUCUGUCCUACCAAUCUGUUCGUUUUCGAUAUUUAAUGCAUGGAAUUCAUGGCUUAAUUGUUCUAUUACACAAGGUUAUCUCCAAACAUGGUUUGAACAACUAAAGGUUAAUAUUAAUCAUUUUGAGUCGAAAGUUCAAGUUGAUCAGAUUGCAGAAGAUAUUUUCAAAUCCUUGCGAAAGAGAAUUGAUUCGAUAAGUCUAACUAAACAUACUGUCCACUCACCCCAAUUGGAUCGAAUUUCUUCAAGUAGUUGUUUUAAUGUUGACAAUAAUAAUUAUAUAAAUAAUGAUGGCGAUGAUGAUGUUGUCAUAACUAAGUGCCUACGUGAUAUGUCAUCAGUAGUGAAUCGUUUAAAAUCUGUUUGGCCACCAAAAGGUCCUAACAAAUCAGUACAUUUCAACGAAGCAAGGAAUAUUUUAAACAUCUUAUCUAAUUUCGUAUAUACCAGUUGAUUGACUAAGUGACUGGCUAUUUUUUUUACCCACAUAUAUUUGUAUUAUUUCAUUGUACAAAACCAAUAUCAAAUAAAUAAAACCUUUUAAAUUUA